UCCUGCUCCUGCUUGUGCAGAAAGUGCCUUCCGUCCCUCUUCCAUUGCUCCUCUGGAGUUUUUUGGGGGUGGGGGUGGUGGCUGGCCAUUGCAUCAAAAGGCGCACGGGCAUCUGAAAGGCUGGGAUUGCUGAAGUGAGGAAAAACAAGCAAACUAACCCAAAAGAAGAAAAGAAAGGAUGAGGAUGAGGAUGGUGGGUGCUUUCAUCUUGAUGCAAUCCUAGCGAAAACAGGGCCCAGCGAGGCGGAGGGGAGAGCAAGACCCCAACACCAAAGAGGAGAGGCCUUCCCGUUAUCGCUGUGGGAUUGCGCUGUCGUGCCGACUGAACAACAGGGUCGGAGGCGGGAAACGGAUUUUCUUUCUCUUUAACACUCUUCCUGACCAGACGGCAAGGGAGUCACUCGAGCCGAGGCCUGAGAUGGGAUAAGGCCGCUCGAUGGCCUCCAAGAAAGCGCUUACAAAAGAGGGGGGUGCGCCGUCGGCCCUGUGUCUCCAGUUCCAGGCCGCGCGAGAGCAAAGGGUGGCCAUGGAGGAGAAGGCUUCGGCCUGCCCCAAGCCAGCCGAGGGAGCGAGGAAAGGCCCCCGCGCGGUCCAGGCUGGUGGCGCCAGGGAGUUGCUCAGGCGGGUGACGCCGCAGCAGAUCAAACAAGAACCGGACGAGGGGUUGGCCCAGCGCUGGGAAGCCCAGUGGCAGGAGUUCCUCAAGGUGGUACAGUCCCCUCACACCGGAUGGGGGAACCCUCCGCUGACGGAGUUCGUGGCUUUGAAUGACCCGAAGGGUUUCCAGGCCUCGGUCGGGGCAGCCCAGCAAGCCUUCGUCUGGAAAGUCAAGGAAGAGGUCCUCGAAGAAGAAGACGCCAGUGCCGAGACGCAGCGUCAGCGUUUCCGGCAUUUCUGCUACCAGGAGGCCGAGGGCCCCCGGGAGGCCUGCAGCCGGCUCCGGGAGCUCUGCCACCAGUGGCUGAAGCCGGAGAGACACACCAAGGAGCAGAUCCUGGAGACGCUGAUCCUGGAGCAGUUCCUGGCCAUCCUGCCCCCGGAGAUCCAGGGCUGCGUCAGGGAACGCGGCCCGGAGACGUGCGCUCAGGCGGUGGCCCUGGCCGAGGGGUUCUUGCUGAGGCAACAGGAGGCCGAGAGACCGCGACAGCUGAUUUUGGAUUCCUUCGAAGAAGUGACGGUGAAUUUUCCGAGGGUCCAGCAGGUCUGCUUGGGCACUACUCGGAAGCAAGCAGGGACCAGGCUGUUGAAUGAACAGGAGAGACAAGCUCUCCGGCAGCAGGAGUACCUCGAGCGAGAGACCCCCUCCGGGACCUCGGUCCCCAAACUCCGCGAGAACCCCUCCCAGCGGCACGAGCCCAGCAAAACUUCCGAGAACCAGACCAGGCUGGAGCGGCCACCGGGCGCCCACCCGGCCAAGCGGGCCCCGGAGCCGGUCCCUUGCCGGGUGGGUUACAAAGACCUCGGCGAGAUCCUCUUCCAAGAGCGGAUGCAGGAGAGCCAGCGGCAGAAGCGGUGCGUGGUGCUGCGCCGGCGCAUCCACACCGAGGAGCGGCUGUACAAGUGCCAGGACUGCCGCAAGAGCUUCGACCACCGCUCCCACUUCAUCCGCCACAAGAAGAUCCACACGGGCGAGAAGCCCUUCCAGUGCGCCGACUGCGGCAAGAGCUUCAACCGCAACUCCAACCUCACCACCCACAUGCGGACCCACACGGGCGAGAAGCCCUACAAGUGCACGGACUGCGGCAAGAGCUUCCGCUGGAGCUCCGACUUCAUCGUCCACGAAAGGACCCACACCGGGGAGAAGCCCUACAGCUGCGGGGACUGUGGCAAGGCCUUCCGGCGCAGCUCCAACCUCACCGCCCACGAACGCACCCACCGGGGGGAGAAGCCCUACAAGUGCUUGGACUGUGGGAAGAGCUUCACCCGGGGCCUGUACCUCAUCGCCCACAAGAAGACGCACACGGGGGAGUGAGCGGCGU